UCGGGGGGGUCCGGGGGCAACAUCGAGGAGCUGGGGAGCCUAGGGACUAGUGUCCUGUGAAGCAGCUGACCCGGGGCUGGCCAGGAGCGAAUAUCGUAGAAAAAAUGUACACCAGUCAUGAAGAUGUUGGGUGUGAUUUUGAAGACGGACCAAGAGAAAAGAAGACCCAUCCGCCUAACCCCAACAUUGAUGGCGGAUGGGCUUGGAUGAUUGUCCUUUCCUCUUUUGUGGUGCAUAUCCUCAUCAUGGGGUCCCAGAUGGCACUAGGUGUGCUGAACAUGGAGUGGCUUGAAGAAUUCCAUCAAAGUCGAGGCUUGACUGCCUGGGUUAGCUCCCUCAGCAUGGGGAUCACGCUCAUUGUCGGACCUUUCAUUGGCUUGUUCAUCAACACAUGUGGCUGCCGCAAGACUGCAAUAAUUGGAGGGAUUCUGAAUGCCCUGGGCUGGGUCCUGAGUGCCUACGCCACUAACGUGCAUUAUCUAUUUAUCACAUUCGGAGUGGCAGCGGGGUUUGGCAGCGGUAUGGUCUAUCUCCCCGCGGUAGUCAUGGUGGGACAGUAUUUUCAGAAGAGACGAGCCCUAGCUCAGGGGCUUAGUACAACCGGGACAGGAUUUGGUACCUUCCUCAUGACCGUCCUACUAAAAUAUCUCUGCUCAGAAUAUGGAUGGCGAAGUGCAAUGUUCAUCCAAGGGGCCGUCUCCUUGAAUCUGUGCGUUUGCGGAGCCCUUAUGAGACCUCUCCCUCCCAAUGAGACCCAAAGCAAGAAAAUCCUUAAGAACAAAAGUGGGGAGAGGGAUCUCAAACUCCCCCUGUCCCAUUCAACGGAGUCCAUAAAAUCGAAUGGGCACCUAAACAAAACAGAAGAGAGAGAGGACGAGCCAGUGAAGGAGGAAAUGCUCAGUAACACCCCAGUCCUGGAAAACAAAGGCAAAGACAAAGUUCAACUUGGAAAGAAUAUGUACGUUCUCCGGAUUCUUAAGCUAGUGAGUCGAUUUACCAUUAGAAUCAGGAAGGGCUUCUGGGAUUGGUACUCCAGUUAUUUUGGAGCUGCGUCCUUGUUUACAAAUCGGACGUUCGUAGCCUUUAUUUUCUGGGCUCUUUUUGCCUAUAGCAGCUUUGUCAUUCCAUUUAUCCAUCUCCCAGAAAUAGUCAAGCUGUACAAUCUGUCUGAACAAAACGAUGUUUUCCCCUUGACUUCAAUCAUAGCAAUAGUUCAUAUCUUUGGAAAAGUGAUCCUUGGAAUUGUGGCUGACCUGCCCUGCAUCAGCGUUUGGAAUGUCUUUCUGCUGGCCAACUUGAGUCUCGUCAUCAGUAUCCUUAUUCUGCCGUUGAUGCACACGUAUGCUAGCCUGGCAGCUAUGUGUGCCCUGAUAGGCUUUUCUAGUGGCUAUUUCUCCCUAAUGCCCGUGGUGACUGAAGAUCUGGUGGGCAUAGAACACCUUGCAAAUGCCUACGGCAUCAUCAUUUGUGCCAAUGGAAUAUCUGCCUUGCUGGGACCACCGUUUGCAGGUUGGAUUUAUGACAUCACCCAAAAAUAUGAUUUUUCCUUCUAUAUAUGCGGCUUGCUUUACAUGGUGGGAAUGCUCUUCUUACUCAUCCAGCCUUGUAUCCGACUAAAGGAACAACCAAGAAAAAAAUACAUAGAAGGCACGCAUGUGUAGUGCCGCUUGAAAUGGAGCUCUCGGCACCCUGUUGCUGGCCGAAAGAACAAAGGUAUCUCAUUUGGGGCACUACUCUGGCGGGCGCUGUUCUGACUGCCAGCUGAGUUUAUACAGAUGACAUGAUACAUCAAAAGCGUGCUAUUCAAGAAUUUCUGGAAACAUCCUCAUAAAAGCAAAGACCUUGUUGCACGUAGGGCCCUCAGAGCUCGCUUUUUUAAAAAAGAGAGAAAAAAGAAAGUUUAAAAAAAACCCAAAACCUCUUUACAAUCACUUCCUUUGUGAGCUGGGGAGGAAAAAAAGGAAGAAAAAUUUAUCAGACUACUUACUAUAAGCAGGCUGAUAAAUUGGUUUGUAAGCACAAGACUGCGGCUACAUUUCUGAACCAACUCUUACCUGUAGAGAAUUGCUAAUGUAUCAAUGUAAAAUAAAACUGGCAUAUGCUUAAGAUUCAAGUAGUUUUAUACAACUUAAAAAUGUUUCUAUAAUAAAGAAAUGAAUGCAAUUUAUAUUUUUCUCAUGAAAUUCUGAAGAUUAUAAUAUUAUCACUCACAAAAAUGAUCUUGAUACAUUUUCCAUAGUCAUAGGCAACUAGUGAACCAAGGGCUAUUGCAUUUAGGCACUUUGAUUCUGAUAAUGCCUGUCUCAGAUUAAAGGGCAAAACUUUGGGUCAAUAAAAACUGGGAGUUGGGGGGAGGGUGUGCGGGACAGCCAGUGUCAUGGUUUCCAUGUACAUAAAAUGUAGAAUCCCUUAUGACCGUCCCAAAAGGACUGCUGUGAAGAUAAACUGUUAAGUCUUUGCAAAACUCCUUGUCAACACAAUAUGGCAAAAAUACUGACAUGCAGUGAUAAAGUGGUAAGUCGUAUAUGUGUGCCACUUUAAAACGAGCUAGCUCUUCAUUCUGGUGAUUCCCGUUAUCAAGCAGAUAAUCCACGUACUUGUAUUCCCAACAGUUCUGUAAGUAGUUCUGUUGACAGGCUUCUGAACAAAAGAGUUUCUAUAUAUGACAUUGGAUUAGGCUCUUUCUGAACCAUCAGACUGUAAAGCUAUAAGAUACCUUGCCAGCCAUCCAGCCCAGAAGCUUUAAACUGCCGUAUGUGAAUCCCUCAUGUUGGUUGCACACAAUAUAAAUAGAAGUCCCAUGAAAAAACUUGAAUUCUGGUGAUAUUUUUCUCUUUAAAAUAUUCACUAUAGGGGCAAGUAGGUGGUGCAGUGGAUAGAGCACUGGCCCUGAAGUCA